AUGGAUCCUUACGACAGCGACUCCUCGGGCCUCGAGGAUGCGGGGGACUACACCGAGACUGGAGUGCUGCUGGGUUACGCUACCACAGAACCGACAGAUGACACGAUCAGUCACCUUGGUGGAUGGCCGACAUGGCUCGAUGAACGAACCCCGCCUCCCGGUGACCUUGCCAAGUGCAAGGUCUGCAACAAUCCGAUGCCACUUCUGCUACAGUUGAAUGGCGAUUUACCUGAACAUUUCCCUGACGAUGAGAGAAGACUGUACAUAUUUGGAUGCCCGCGAAAAGCUUGCAGCCGCAAGACUGGAAGCAUCAGAGCGCUGCGGGGGAUCAGGAAGCUCAAGGUUCAAUCUUCACCACAACCUGAAAAGAAGCAAGAAGAUACUGCAAAACAAGAGCAUCAGACGGCACCUGCUCCAGCGAAGGACUUGGGUGCAGCUCUCUUUGGAGCAGCCCCGUCCAGCAGCAGCCUAUCGUCGAAUGCAAACCCCUUUUCGACCUCGAACUCAUCUGCGCCAGCAAACAACCCGUUUGCGCCGCCCCAACCACCGUCCACCCUUGCUGCAGAGCCACCGCAAAACCAGUCGAGCUCGACUGUCAACAAUCUUUCAGAGACUUUUGCCGAUAAAGCGCGUCUAUCGUCCCCAGAACCGGCCCCAGCGCCUGUUGCGGCGGGCCCUCCUCUGCCCUGGCCACCGCAAUCCGCUUUUCCAUCUCCUUAUCCAGAGUACUACCUUGAUGCCGAAUACGAGACCCUUUCCCGCCCAUCGACACCAACAAUUCCCGCUAACGCAACCGUGUCGAACAUUGACGAUGAGGACACGUCCAAAUCUGGGAGCGCAGCAGAUUCCAAGGACGCAUUCGAGUCGUCGCUGGACAAAUCGUUCCUCCGCUUUUUGACUCGGCUGUCGCAUAAUCCCGAACAAGUUCUACGAUAUGAGUUCCGGGGGAGUCCUCUUCUGUACUCAAACACCGACGCUGUGGGGAAGCUGUUUCCUCGGCAUCCCUCACAAAUUUCUGCGGCGAAUCAGAUUCCUCGCUGUAACUACUGUGGCCGCGAACGUGUCUUUGAGCUCCAGCUUGUUCCGCAUGCUAUCAGCGUGCUCGAAGAAGGCCGAGAGGGCAUCGGUCUCGGCAAGGACGACGGUGGAAUGGAGUGGGGAACGAUAAUUCUAGGCGUGUGCGCGGGCGAUUGCGGACCCGAGCAAGAGGGAGUGGCAGGCUGGCGCGAGGAGUGGGUAGGUGUACAGUGGGAGGAGACGAAGUAA